AUGUUGGAACAGGUACAGAGAAGAGCAGCCAGGUUUGUAACCAAAUGUCACUCGAGGGAACCAGGCUGCAUCACCAAAGCUCUUCAAGACCUACAGUGGGAGCCACUGAAGGAGCGUCGAGAGGCUGCUAGAGUUUUCCUUUUCUACAAAGGAAAGCAGAACCUAGCAGCCAUCGACGUGCCUCCAUACUUCCGCCAACAUAUCAAUACCAACACUAGACUAGGACGUCAAAGAAGCACCAAUAGAAAAACAGGUGUAUUUAACUUACUCCAGUCCAGAUCUACGACUUCAUCGAGUAGAAUAACUGAACUGAACCAAACUGCUUUGGUCAAACAGGAAAUGACUGAAAUGGAGGACCAAGUGGUUGCCCAAGGGGAUGAGGUGGAGUCGGAGGAUGAGGAGGAAUCAUUUUUCCAAGAUAUAGACACAUUGCAGAAUCAAGGCAUAAAUGCAGCAGAUUUGAAGAAGUUAAAGCAAGCAGGUAUCUGCACUGUAAAGGGUAUUCAAAUGACAACCAAGAAGAAGCUUUGUGCCAUUAAGGGAAUCUCAGAGGCAAAGAUGGAGAAGAUCAAAGAAGCAGCAACCAAAAUGGCUGGGGCAGGUGGAUUCCUAACUGCCUUGGAGUAUGCAGACAAGAGAAAACAAUGUUUUAGAAUCACAACUGGCAGCACAGAGCUAGAUAAGUUGAUGGGUGGAGGAGUAGAGAGCAUGUCUAUAACGGAGGCUUUUGGAGAAUUCAGGACUGGAAAGACUCAGUUGUCACACACUCUUUGUGUGACAACCCAACUACCAGGAUCUAAUGGUUUUACUGGAGGAAAGGUUGUUUUCAUAGAUACAGAAAACACAUUUCGUCCAGACAGACUGAGAGAUAUUGCAGAUAGAUUCAACUUGGACCAGAGUGCUAUGCUUGACAAUGUCCUCUAUGCCAGAGCAUAUACAAGUGAACAUCAAUAUGAACUGUUAGACUUUGUAGCUGCUAAGUUUCAUGAAGAGAUGGGAGUUUUCAAAUUGUUGAUAGUAGAUUCAAUUAUGGCGUUGUUUCGUGUUGACUUCAGUGGCCGAGGGGAACUAGCUGAUAGACAACAAAAGCUGGCACAGAUGCUCUCCAGAUUACAGAAAAUCUCAGAAGAAUACAAUGUUGCUGUGUUUGUCACUAAUCAGAUGACAUCAGACCCAGGAGCAACUAUGAGUUUUCAAGCAGACCCUAAGAAGCCUAUAGGAGGUCACAUCUUGGCCCAUGCUUCUACUACAAGACUCAGUCUCAGGAAGGGCAGGGGGGAACUUAGGAUAGCCAAGAUUUACGACAGCCCUGAUCUUCCUGAGAAUGAAGCAACAUUUGCAAUCACCCAAGGAGGAAUAUCUGAUGCCAAAGAAUGAUCUUAAUAGCAGUGUUAAUCAGUGUUACCCUGCACCAAGUUGAAAAAAUGUCCUGGAGGAACCCUGUAUAUUCAUCAGACGUGAUGAAAGUACAAUUUAAACUGGACCCAACUAAUUCUAGGAUAAGCAAUAAUUGUACUGCUUGUAGGCUAAUAAUUGGAUAAUGAAUAGUGAAAAUCACCUUGAGAGAAAUGUCAUGUUCUUGAAUGAUAUUAGAAUUUAUAGUGAAUCUAGCAAGGACCAAACAUUAGUCAAAAUUGUAAAUGAAUGCCAGAAAGACAGACACUCAAAUUGAUAAAAUAUCUGGAGUAAGUUUGGACAGAAGCAGAACUAACUAAUUAACUAACCAAACAGUAUAGGUGGCAUUUUUUGUGAAAAUUGUGGAUCUUCCAUUUAUACAAUUCAGUGUCGGGAAUAAUAUACAUGUACAUGUAUGUCUAAAUGAAUGUGUUGGAAAUGACAAAGAAUGUUCAUUGAGCAAAAAGACCUACCAAUGAAUGAAUUUAUGAAAGUGUUGGCUGUUGUGAAUGAAAUAUUUUGGCCUAUUGUAAUAAUGAAUAACAAAGUUAGAUACUCAGAUUUUAUAUAUUUAUUAUUAGAAAACUGAAUUAAAUACACAUGUAGCUAGUCUGUAAAUAAUUAUGGCGUUAAAUUAUUUAUUUAAUAAUAAUAAUAAACCAAUAAAGAUGAUGCAUCUUGAAAAUACAAA